UUUAGAAUGACCUAUACAUUUUGUUCGAGUUUGUUUUAGUGAUUCAAAAUAGUGUUGGGGUGUGUUUCUUGAAAUCGUACUUAGCCUUUCUUGAUUCACUGUAAGCAUGGUAGACCAAGCACCAGUGGCAGCUUUCAAACUAGUUCUUGUUGGAGAUGGUGGUACAGGGAAGACAACUUUCGUGAAGCGACAUAUUACCGGAGAGUUUGAAAAGAAGUAUGUCGCCACAUUGGGUGUUGAAGUUCACCCUCUUGAUUUUCACACAACUCGUGGUAAAAUGCGUUUCAAUGUGUGGGAUACAGCAGGGCAAGAAAAAUUCGGUGGUUUAAGAGAUGGAUAUUACAUCCAAGGACGGUGUGCAAUUAUUAUGUUCGAUGUGACGAGUCGUGUCACGUACAAAAACGUCCCCAAUUGGCAUAGGGAUUUGGUUCGCGUCUGCGAAAAUAUACCAAUUGUUUUGUGUGGAAAUAAAGUCGACAUACAGGAUAGGAAGGUGAAAGCAAAGUCAAUAACUUUCCACAGAAAGAAGAACUUACAAUACUAUGACAUAUCCGCUAAGUCCAACUACAAUUUCGAAAAACCAUUCCUCUGGCUGUUUCGUAAACUCGUUGGUGAUCCAAACCUCGAGUUCGUAGAAAUGCCUGCAAUGCAGCCUCCAGAAAUCCAAAUCGACCCUUACUUGGUUCGACAAUAUGAACAAGAAAUCCAGAUGGCUGCUGAGGCUCCUCUUCCAGAUGAAGGUGAUGAAGACCUGUGAUUUUAUGUGUAGUCAAAUGUGGGCUAAGGACCAGAUUUUCAAAUAAUUAUAUUCAAAUGUAAUAAAUCUAUUCUAAUGCGUACUUCACUGGCCUGUUAUUUUGGGGCUUCAGGUGCUGAGUAGGUGGAAUAAUAUGCAUUAUUUACUACCUACAAUCCGGUACCGAAGGAAAAUUCCCUAUGAUUUUAACCAGGAUGAAGUCUUCGAUAACGUUAGUGUCUACGUGAUCGGUACAUACACCCCAGAAGGUACUUUUUCACCUGACAAGUUAUAAAUAGUCCUGGGAGGGUCCUCUACAAUAUCCAGACAGUGGCUUGAGAUGUUACCACUCAUGGCUUGGAAUGGAAGUCUGUAGAAGCACUGCAGUACCUUUUUUCAUGUGAGAAAUUCAUUAAAAUAAUCCUUUCCGGUUGCAUUUUUUAAAAUUUAACUGUUUUUCCAAUCUUUAUUGUUCCUUUUUCCACCCUCACACAUUAAUUUAUAGACUUGUUAUGGACUCGUUUUCCCUUCUCUAUCUAUAAAUGUGUGGCACACUUAUAUUUUGGUUGCCCUUAAGGCCAAUUUUUGUUUUAAAAUAAAGAAAUUUAGAUGCUUGCCUUCAAAAGUGGGCAG